UACAAAAAAAAGUCUUUUGAGCAACUAAAAAAGUGGAAAUGAAGUUCAAACUAGUAUUUUUGACUAUUAGUUGUGUAUUCGCGGCAGCAAACGCUUAUCCAUUUGGAGAUGGUAGUUUUUAUUUCCCCGAUCAAAUAGGGGCAGUAGCCUCGAGCAAUGCUAAUAGUCAUGCUCAAGUAAAUAACGGACCUCUGCCUCAUUAUCCGCAGCAACAACCUCAGAGCCCCCAUCAACCGGCUAGCCAUGGUUUAAUCGAUAAUGAUCGUCUAUCUGGUGGAGGAUUUGUCAAUAAUAAUAUUGGGUUAAACCCUCAUGCUCCAGUAGCGCAUUACCCAUCGGAGUCAAUGUAUGUGCCUCAAAAUCCAGUCCAUGCACCUCCGGUUUCGGGUUAUGAUCAAUCGUCAUUCAAUACUCAAGCACAAGGACCUUAUAAUCCAGUACACCAAGCUCCAGUAGCGGGCUUUGGUCAAUCUCAAUCCAACGCUCAAGCGAACUCUCAAACCUUCGGCGAUGGCACCUCCCUGACCAACGCCGUCUCUGGUAGUCAGUCAAUCAAUGCCAAUGGCGUAGCUAGUUCGGCGGCUGCUGCAGCAGUUGCUGGUAUCGUCAUCAUUGAUGGAAUACCCGUAGCAACUUCGUCCGCGUCGGCAUCAUCUGCUGUUGCAACUCCUCAUGGUGGUUCAAGUUCAUCGGUAUCUUCGUCAGCCAACGCUGGAAGUGGUUUCCAAAAUGGAAUUAAUCAACAAUAUCCUAGUCCUCACAUGCCUUAUAAUAAUUAUUACAAUUCAGCUCAACAGCCGUGGUCAUUUAGGGUGGGAGAAGACGAUGAUGAUAAAAAAAAUUCAACCGAGGUAGAAAACGAAUUGAAAAGCGAUGAAAUGACGACGAAAUCGAAAAUCAUUGAAGAAAGCACUGAUAAAAUUGUAUUUAAAGAUUGAUCGUGUAAAUUUGUGAUACGUAGUACUUUGAACAAAAAUUGUUGUAAAUAAUUCAUCUGAUUAUGAUAAGUUUAAUUUUAAUCAAAUAGUCAAGUCUUUUGUGAACCAUUUCCGUGUAGAGUCGUUUUUUAAUCUUACUGUGGCUGUAAAUUUACUUAAAAUAUAAAAUUUUAGAUACCUUUUCACAUUUUUCGUAAAGCAAUACCAAUAAAAAUUUACCGACUAACUAUGAAAUAUGUACUAUUCUGUUCAAAGAUGAGUCCUAUUAUGUUCGUAAAAUAGACGUUGCACAAUAUAUAUUACAGUAUGAAAAACAUUAAAAAACUAUAACUCAUUUUUAAUAUCUAUCGAGCAUUCAGUGAUAAUGUUCAAAGUUCGUUUAUUCAAGGAUGUUAAAAAUGUAAAUACUACAAAUCUAUAUCUCUACUUUUGUACAAUGAAUAUUAUUAAAAUUAAAUUUAAAAUUUUCUUAGAAA